UGGCUCGCAAUCCUGGAAUGCCCAUGCACAUUUCCACCAGAAAUCUUCAGCUCUGUAAUGCAGAACCUCAUAAAGAACCCCAACAUCACAUCAAGCCACCUCUUCCGCGCAGACAUUCUCUACGACAGCGACCAAGACCACACAAAAGACAGCCUCCUCAAACACAUCAAGCCAGAAUACCAACCUCGCCAAACCCAAUGGCCAAAUUUCGAGCCCACAAGAACGAUCGUGAGGAAACUUAUCCCAAGGAACUUCCAGCUCGAUGAACCACUCAUCCAAACAUGUCAAAAUUUCGAACGAAGAGAAGACAACAAGAAACAAUACACCCUCGUCGUAUACACGCCCCACGUAGAAAAAUCUUCAGACAUGCCCUUCUACCACCCAACAGUCUCCCAACUCGCCUUCCUCCACACCUGGCAUCCCGAAAACAAUAACAAUAGCACUCUAACCCUCCUCUACCACCCCUUCACCACCACCACCACCACUACCACCUCAUCCUCACCCCUCCCCCUCACAAAAAAACUUUCGCGAACAGCCCUAAAACUCCUCCAAACAAUCCACAAACACGGCCAAGGCCGUCUACAAGGCUACGAAAAACGCGUCCACCUCGAUAGAAUUCUGUCGCAAAAACGUUACCAAGAUACAUAUGCGCGUCUGAAAGCGAAGUACGGGAAAAAGAUUUCGGAGAAAUGGGUGGAAGUGACGGAUCCGGGGAAACAUGUUUUUGAGGAUAUUGGGAUUGCGGCGUUUUUGAUGGAGGUUUGGGGGGAUUUGUAUCAAAUGACCACGACUUCUUCUUCCCUGCUGCCGCGGUUUCCAGGGUUUGUGGAUAUUGGAUGUGGGAAUGGACUUCUCACAUACCUGCUGCUAAUGGAAGGGUAUCCGGGCUAUGGCUUCGAUGCUAGGAAUCGAAAAACAUGGGAGAUUUUCCCGGAUCAUGUACAGGAGAGAUUGCACCAGAAAAUUCUGGUUCCGAAGGUGUUGCAGGAAGCUGUGGAGGCGCCGAACAACGAGGUCUUCUGGACUGAUGGCAUGUUCGAGCGCGGGACGUUCGUGAUUUCGAAUCAUGCCGAUGAGCUCACGGCUUGGACACCGCUGCUCGCGUACUUGAAUGAUUCGAGCUUCAUCGCGAUACCGUGCUGUAGCCAUGAUUUGGCAGGGGCGAGGUUUCGGGCUCCACAGAAGACCAACCAGAAGAUGCCAUCAGCGUACUCUACGCUCUGCUCAUAUGUCACAAGCUUGGCAGAAGACGUGGGAUUUCUUCCUGAACAGGAUGUUCUUCGCAUUCCGAGCACGAGGAAUGCUUGUAUCAUCGGACGAAAAAGAAUCACUUCCUCGGAUGCAAUUGAG